GCACAGGUUGUAAUGAUGGACUAUUUGUUUGCCUGUCUUUGUCUCGCCCUGCAGCUGGUGCAUGAGAACGUGCACCGAGUCUUGGAGGGCAGGUGUCGCCCCAGACGCAGCAGAGAGAAGCUGCUCGCUUUGUUCCCGUCUGCCAGCGGCGCCGUCCAGCCCUUCCUGUGGAAGGACCAGACGCUCCCUGACCGGCUCCUCCUUUACCCGCCGCCGUUUGGCUUCAAAGGGCUUAAAGGCAAAGUCGAGAACCUGCUGACGCUGCUGCCAGCGGCCAACCCUGACGUGGGACCAGAGGAGGCUUCUGAGAAGUGUCGCCGCUGUGUGGUGGUGGGGAACGGGGGCGUGCUGAAGGGCCUGGAGCUCGGUCAGCACAUCGACCGUUUCCACACCAUAAUCAGGUUGAACAGCGGCCCUCUGGGAAAGCACACGGGCGACGUGGGGAAUCGAACCAGCAUCAGAAUGAGUUAUCCUGAGGGCACGCCCCUCCACUGGGCAGACACAGACCCUCAUUCUGUGUUCGUGGCCGUGAUCUACAAAAGCGUUGACCUCAGCUGGAUCUCAGCCAUGAUCAGGAAGCUUGGCGUGUCGUUUUGGGACUGGUUCUUCUUCUGGCAGAGAGUUCCACGGGAAAUUCCUCUAGAUCCCUCAAGGUUCCGACUUCUGAAUCCCGACGUCAUCAGGCAGACUGCCUUGGACUUCCUGAAAUACCCUAAACCCAGGUGGCGCCUGUGGGGCUGGGACCAGAAUGUACCGACGCUGGGUGUGACUGCACUGAGCUUAGCCAGCCUGCUGUGUGACGAGGUCAGCUUGGCGGGAUUUGGCUACAACCUGUCCCAGCAGGGGGCGCCACUGCAUUACUAUGACAACCUGCCCAUGAGGCUCAUGCAGCAGGAGAAGAUGCACAACGUGGACAAAGAGACUCAGUUCCUGCACAAACUGGUGAGAGAGGGGGUCAUCAGCGACCUGACCGGAGGAAUCCACUGCCCCUUCUGCUCCAGCUGACCCCGUCCUGCAGGUAUUUCACUGCUCUACAAGCUCUGCUUUCGAAACUUUGCUAAAAUGCACGCCCAAAGGACAAAGAAGAAUUAAGAGAUUUUAUGCAAUUAUGGUCAUAGUUUAUACUUCAGUUUCAGAUCUCCUGACAGAUAUUUGAAGCUGGCUUCAGAUAUUUUAUUUUUAUGUUGUGAAAGCUGUUCAUCAUUCUAAUAUUGUCAUUUUCAGGUCUUUGAGAACUAACAUGAAAUGUUUUAUUUUGUUUUUAAUAAACAGAGUUAUUUAUUACUGACAUUUCAACUACAAUCCUAAAUAAUGUUGAUGACACAAAGAAAUAAAAUAUGUAGAAGAUUA